GAUAGACGGGGGAAAAACCGCCGCCUGCCUGUCCCUCAUUCCGACUUAGGUGUCUCUAUUGCUCCAUAAAUAAAACGUGUCCCUGCCUUCUGCGAGCGCUAUAAAGGCCGCGAAACGGCCGUGCCCGGGGCACACGGGGCGGGGCGGCAGCACAGACGCAGCAGGUCAUGGAAGUUCCGGGCAGCAGAUCGGGGGAAGCUCCUAACCCCAGGUACAGUGGCAGCUACGUGGUGUCAAGGCCGGUCUACAGCGAGCUCGCCUUCCAGCAGCAGUGCGAGCGGCGCCUGCAGGAGCGCAGGACGCUGCGGGAGCGACUGGCCGAGAGCUGCAGUUGUUCCAGGAAGAGAGCCCUUGGUGUGCUGAAGACUCUCUUGCCCAUCUUGGACUGGCUCCCCAAAUACCGAAUCAAGGAAUGGCUGCUUAGUGAUAUCAUUUCAGGAGUUAGCACUGGACUAGUGGGCACACUGCAAGGCAUGGCGUACGCUUUACUAGCGGCAGUUCCUGUUGGAUAUGGUCUCUACUCUGCUUUUUUCCCUAUCCUGACAUACUUUAUCUUUGGAACAUCGAGACACAUCUCAGUUGGACCUUUCCCGGUGGUCAGUUUAAUGGUGGGAUCUGUUGUUCUGAGCCUGGCCCCAGACGAAAAAUUUUUAAUACCCAGCAGUAACGGGACUGCAUCAAAUGUUACCAUGAUAGACAAUGUGGCUAGAGAUGCAGCAAGAGUAUUGAUUGCAAGCACCCUUACUCUUUUGGUUGGGAUCAUACAGUUGGUGUUUGGGGGUUUGCAGAUUGGAUUUAUAGUGAGGUACUUGGCUGAUCCUUUGAUUGGUGGAUUCACGACAGCUGCUGCCUUCCAAGUGUUGGUUUCACAGCUAAAGAUCAUCCUCAACGUUUCAACCAAAAACUAUGAUGGCGUUCUCUCUAUUAUCUAUACUCUGGUUGAGAUUUUUCAAAAUAUUGGUAACACCAAUCUUGCUGAUUUUGUUGCUGGAUUACUCACCAUUAUCAUCUGUAUGGCAGUUAAGGAAUUAAAUGAUCGCUUUAAACACAAAAUCCCAGUCCCUAUUCCUAUAGAAGUAAUUGUGACAGUAAUUGCGACUGCCAUUUCAUAUGGAGCCAACCUGGAAAAAAAUUAUAAUGCUGGCAUUGUUAAAUCUAUCCCAAGGGGAUUCUUGCCUCCUGCACUGCCACCUGUCAACUUGUUUUCUAAGAUGCUGGCUGCAUCGUUUUCCAUCGCUGUGGUGGCUUAUGCUAUUGCAGUGUCUGUAGGAAAAGUAUACGCCAUCAAGUAUGAUUACACCAUCGAUGGGAACCAGGAAUUCAUUGCCUUUGGGAUCAGCAACAUCUUCUCCGGGUUCUUCUCUUGCUUUGUGGCUACCACUGCCUUGUCCCGCACUGCUGUCCAGGAAAGCACUGGGGGAAAGACACAGGUUGCUGGCAUCAUCUCUGCUGGGGUUGUGAUGAUCGCCAUUGUUGCUUUGGGGAAGCUGCUGGAACCCUUGCAGAAGUCAGUCUUGGCAGCUGUUGUAAUUGCCAACCUGAAAGGGAUGUUUAUGCAGGUGUGUGACAUUCCUCGUCUGUGGAGGCAGAACAAGAUUGAUGCUGUUAUCUGGGUGUUCACAUGCAUAGUGUCCAUCAUUCUGGGCCUGGAUCUCGGGUUGCUCUCUGGCCUUGUAUUUGGGUUGCUGACUGUGGUGCUGAGAGUACAGUUUCCCUCCUGGAAUGGUCUUGGAAGCAUCCUUAGCACAGACAUCUACAAAAGUACCAAGAACUACAAAAAUAUUGAAGAACCUGAAGGAAUGAAGAUUCUUAGGUUUUCAAGUCCUAUUUUUUAUGGCAAUGUUGAUGUUUUUAAAAAAUGCAUCAAGUCUACAGUUGGAUUUGAUGCCAUUAGAGUGUAUAAUAAGAGGCUGAAAGCACUGAGGAAAAUACAGAAACUCAUCAAAAAGGGGCAAUUAAGAGCAAGAAAGAAUGGUAUUAUAUGUGAUGCUGGUUCAUCGAAUAGUGCUUUCGAACCUGAUGAAGAUAUCGAAGAUCCGGAAGAACUUGAUAUCCCAACCAAGGAAAUAGAGAUUCAAGUGGAUUGGAAUUCUGAGAUUCCAGUGAAAGUGAAUGUUCCGAAAGUGCCCAUCCAUAGCCUUGUGCUUGAUUGUGCAGCUGUGUCUUUCUUGGAUGUUGUUGGAGUGAGAUCUUUACGAGUGAUUGUCAAAGAAUUCCAAAGAAUUGAUGUAAAUGUAUACUUUGCAUCGUUUCAAGAUCAUGUAAUAGAAAAGCUGGAGAAAUGUGGUUUCUUUAAUGAUAACAGAAAGGACAUAUUUUUUCUGACUGUCCAUGAUGCUGUCCUCCAUGUACAGCACCAGGUUAAAUCCCGAGAAAUUCAAGAUUCCAUUUUAGAAACGAUCUCCCUCAUCCAAGACCAUAAAGAUCCUCUUGAAUUAAUGGAAGCAGAACUGAUUGAAGAAGAACUUAAUGCUGAGGAUGAGGCUAUGCGUAGACUUGCUACCUGAAAGUGAGCUCAGGAGGUGGCUAUAAGCAAGGACUACAGGACUGCCAAAUUUUACCAGCAAUGUACUUCUAUGCAAGCAUUUUCUGCAUUGACUGUUUCUCUGGACUUGAAACACUCAUUCUUUUUCUGUUAGAAUUUUUAAAAUACUUUGAUUUUUUUAACCUCUUAGCUGUUAAGAGAGAGGCACUUAAGAUUGUUUCUAGGCUUUAUUUAUAAAAUAAAUAGCUUACCUCUAAACUGUGCAAAAUGGUGAGAAUUAUCCUGGUGAUCCAGCGAUGUCUAGAAUCUGUCCAUGUUGUGCUGCUGUACCUCCAUGACAUUUGCUGACCAUGCUCACAUGGGCAUGGGGUACCCCUACUCAGUUGGGCAGGUGUGGCCCCAAGACUGUGGCCAGUUCACUCAUGAGUGAUUAUCAUAAAAAAGAUCUAUUUCUGACUGGCGUGGACACCCACGGGCUGCGCCGUUCACAGUGUAAGGGCACACUGAGUAAAUGCUGAAAUAUAUUGUUAAUGCUUUUAUCAAUAAAAGCCUUCAAAAAUCACUUUUGGUCAAUACAUCAAAAAUGUUUUUUAAAUGCAAAUUUGGUUAAUACUUAGUAAUGAAUGUUAUAUUGACCAUACACUUAACAAGAAUUCAGGAUUGAGAUGGUUCACUUCUAAACUACAGAACUAGGCUGAUAUAUAUUUAAAACAUUGAUUUAGAGAGAUGAAGCAAUAAUAUUAAUAUGGUUUAUAAAUUCAUUUUUUGAUAACCAUGGAUCACAAUUAAGAUAAAAUAAAAACAUAAGAAAAACUAUCUCUAGCUUAAAAUGCAAUUUUAACUUAGUUUAUAAAAAUAAUUAUUAGGUAGAGUACAUAGCAGUAUGGGAUAUUUAAAAUCUAACAAAAAAAUUGUGUUAUUUUGAACAAAAAACAAUUUUGAUGUUUAUAUAAGACCGUGGUGAUUAAAACAAGUUUGUUUUUCUCUAAAAUGUAGCAGUAUGUAAGGAAAUGAUAUUUAAGUAAAUUCUGACCAUCUUUCAAAAAAAUCUAAAAAGUUUCAAUCUGGAUAUAAAUAUAUGUUUAAGAUGAGUUUUUAAAAAUAUUUUAUGGAUUAUGCCAUUACACUUGUCCCAUUUCCCCCCUUCAUUCCCCUCCACCCUCACAUCCCCUCCCACCCACAUUCCCCCCUUUAGUUCACAUCCAUGUGUCAUAAGUUCUUUAGCUUCUACCUUUCCCACACUACUCUUGCCCUCCCCCUGUCUAUUUUCUCCCCACUGUCUAUGCUACUUAUUCUCUGUACCUUCUCCCCCCUCUCCUCCUUCCACCCCCUGUUCCUAACCCUCCAUGUGAUCUCCAGUUUUGUGUUUCUGUUCCUGUUCUAGUUGUUUGCUUAGUUUGUUUUUGUUUUUGGUGUGGUUGUUAAUAACUAUGAGUUUGCUGUCCUUUCACUGUUCAUAUUUUUUAUCUUCUUUUUUUUAGAUAAGUCCCUUUAACAUUUCAUAUAAUGAGGGCUUGGUGAUGAUGAACUCCUUGAAUUUGACCUUAUCUGAGAAAUGCUUUAUCUGCCCUUUCAUUCUAAAUGAUACCUUUGCUGGAUAGAGCAAUCUUGGAAUGUAGGUCCUUGCAUUUCAUGACUUGAAAUACUUUUCUCCAGCCCCUUCUUGCCUAUAAGGUCUCUUUUGAGAAAUCAGCUGACAGUCUGAUGGGAACUCCUCUGUAGGUGACUGUCCACUUAUCUCUUGCUGCUUCUAGAAUUCUUUCCUUCAUUUUAAUCUUGGCUAAUGUAAUUAUGAUGUGGUUUGGUGUGUUCCUCCUUGGGUCCACUGUCUCUGGGACUCUCUGAGCUUCCUGGACUUCCUGGAAGUCUAUUUCCUUUGCCAGAUUAGGGAAGUUCUCCUUUAUUAUUUGUUGAAAUAAGUUUUCCACUUGUUGCUCUUACUCUUCCCUCUCUGGUACCCCUAUAAUUUGGAUGCUGGAAUGUUUAAAGAUGUCUUGGAGGUUCCUAAGCUUCUCCUCAUUUUUUUGAAUUCUUGUUUCUUCAUUCUUUUUUGUUUGGUUGUUUCUUCCUUCUUGUCCAGUCCAUUGAUUUGAGUCCCAGUUUUAUUCCCAUCACUAUUGGUUCCCUGUGCAUUUUUAUUCAUUUCACUUAGCGUAGCCUUCACUUUUUCAUCUAAUUUGUGACCAAAAUCAACAAGUUCUGUGAGCAUCCUGAUGACCAGUGUUUUGAACUGUGCAUCUGAUAGGUUGGCUACCUCUUUGUUACUUAGUUGUAUUUGUUGUGGAGUUUUGAUCUGUUUUUUCAUUUGGGCCAUUUUUUUUUUGGUCUUGAUGUGCCUGUUAUGUGUAAGGGGCGGAGCCUUAGGUGUUCACCAGGGCGAGGCAACCCAGUCACAGGGUUGUGACACCAGAAGGAACAAUGGCACUUGUUCCACAUGUAUUUCAGUCCCUUCUGUAGCUUCCCACAA